AUGGUUGGAAGACAAGCUCCCAAAGUACCUUCUCGACCUACAACUGAUGAUAUCUCAAUAUCAGAUGGCCCAUGUUCAAGCAAUGAUGAAAACAAAGACCCGAACAUAGAAUCAUCAACAUCUAGUUCUUCCUCCAGCUCAUCCAGCGGAAGUGAAAAUGAGGAAACAAUCAAAAACAAUGUCUCCGAAAACACUUCAGAAUCAGAUCCAGAAGUCAAGAAAAAAACUAGGAAAAGAAAAGCAGCGCCAGAGUCUUGGAAGGAGAAUCAUGCAAAAAAAAAUGAGAAACAGUGGAAAGACUUAUGUUUCAUGUAUGUGAAGGUUGUCGAGAGAGCGAAUACUGCUUUGCAAGGAUCUCCUCAGACUCAGAGUAUUGCUAAAAUAACGAUAGAAAGCAUCAAUUUGAAAGUGCCACAUCUCACACCCAACGAUGACAUAAAGUUGCAGUUGUUGACACGUAUCAAAGCAGAUGAGUCUAUGAUGAUACCGUUUCGCCGAUGGGAAUUGCACGAGCUACCAGCACUCACACAAGGAUCUACCAUAGAAAUCUGGUCCGUCAAGACAUGUUCUGCAUUGGACAGUCCAAGAUAUGUUAUAGUAUUUUUCCAAACGAAAAAAGCCGAUAAUUUGCAUGAAGACGUCACCUUGUUCGAUAAUGCCAACAUCAAAUCCAUACGAUUGGCUCUGAAUAGCGACUAUUAUCCGCAAGAACGAAUGCUAUUGGACUUUUCCCGAGACCAAUAUGCCGACGCCCACUUCAACUAUACAGAGUUCAACAAGAGCUACCAUAACUGUCAAGAAAAGCGCUCUCUAGUAAACUUUGCCGAAUUCAAAUCCCGACCAAUGUUUGUUAUCGAUUGCUCGAGGCGCCAUCUGGGUCUAAAGUCGUCCACAGUUGACAUAAAUAUCCUGGAUAAAAAAUAUUUAUUAUUGGAAAGGAAUGCAAGAAAAAAUAAAAUCUUAGUUUUUGGCUUGAAUGUCGAUACAGAAAAUCACCUACUCACGCAUACUGUUCAGAAAUUGAACACGACAUUAGGAACUAAGAUUUCCGAAGCAGAUAUCAACAAUAUAUACAGUUUAGGAAAAAAAGAAAAUUCUCCAGUGAAAAUAGAAUUCACAGCAUAUCUUACUAAAAAAUCCAUAAUUGAUAAUGUUCACAAACUCAAAGGCACUAACAUUUCUGUUGUAAAUGAUAUGUGUGAAGAAGACAGGGCAGACUACAGGAUAUUACGAAGUCAUAUGAAAGAAGCUAGAGCCAAAAACCUUACAGCAACCAUCAGAGGUCUGAAGUUACUAGUGAACGGGGAGGCAUAUUCUGCAGAACAACUGAGAGAGAAGAAUCCAGAACUUGUGGAACAGAAACUGGUUUAUAGACCAGAAUCAUCAAGUGCCCCAUCAACGCCAACAAUAGAUAAAAGGAAACAACUAAAUACAGAGGAGGUAGCGAAAGUAGCAGACCAAGGAGAGCAACUUGGAGAAAACAGCUCAAUAAACCAACGCUCGAAGAAGAAGAAUCCAAACACGGAGAAAGUCCUGGUGGCAAGAAACACCUCCCAAGAACGAACAACAAGGCAAAACAGCAUCACAACACUGAGAAAGUAA